AUGCAAAAUGAUUUAGGUCACUCCAGUACUUCCUCACCGGCGGACAACUUCACACCUUCGUCGCCAACCCAGACGGGUCGCAAGCGAAAAGCCCCCUCUGGCACUCGCGGCGUCUCCAGCCUGACUCCGGAGCAGCUCGCGAAAAAGCGCGCCAAUGACCGUGAGGCGCAGCGGGCCAUUCGGGAGCGGACGAAACAGCACAUUGAGAGCCUCGAGCGCAGGAUACAAGAGUUGACGUCGCAACAACCGUACCAAGAGCUUCAGGCGGUGAUCAGGCAGAAAGAUGCCAUCCAGGCGGAAAAUGAUGAGAUCAGGAGGAGGCUGGCCUCCAUCAUGUCCAUACUCCAGCCCAUUGUCGGUGCACAAGGCUUGACAGAUCUCGCAACAGCAGCGCAACAUAAUGUCCAACCAGGAGUCGGACCACCGAAUGAAGCGUUUCGCGCCGGCAACCUGUCGACUUCCGACCCGUAUCUCAACGGAAGACAACAAUUUCCCGUGUCGCCUCAUACCUCUCAAGCGACCGUGGAAGGGUCUACAUAUCCACCACCUUUCGGCUCGGAGAACCAUGGCGACGGCAGAGUGUGGACGGCCUCUAGAGAAACGCUGAGCCACCAACGCGACAACCUCCAGCGAGGAUUGGAACUGAACGACUCUGGAGAACGAUUGUCGUUCAACUUCCUUCUCGACAGUCUAGGCCAGCGGACCGGACCCAAUGCCACCUCUCAGCCGCAAACCAACUCCCCGGCUCGGCAAUCAGUGUACCCUUCUCUGCCUGACCCACAAGCACCGUGGACGAUCCUGCCCAAGAACGUGGCACCGACGUGUCCGCUUGACGGCCUGUUGGUGAAUUUCCUCCAAUCACGCCGUCGCGAGGCAACAGCAGACCAAGACUCUUCGCACAACAAUCCUAUGCUCAACCCGACCAGCUACCCGAGCGUGUCGUCGCUACUUAACCCGUCAGGCGACCACCAACUCGACCCGCUGUCGCAGCUGAUGACCGACAUCAUCAGCAAGUUCCCCAACAUCUCCGAUUUGCCGGAGCAGGCGGCAGUGCUGUUCAUCAUGUUCCUCAACAUGCGAUGGCAGAUCAACCCGACACAAGAGAACUACGAACGUCUACCGGAAUGGAUGCGUCCGACACCAAUGCAGCUGUUUACUCCUCAUCCGGCUUGGAUCGAUCAUAUCCCGUGGCCCAGGAUGCGCGACAAACUCUGUGCCAAUUACCACGAUUAUCCGUUUGAGAAUUGGUUCAUCCCUUUUACGAGCGAGCUCAGCGUCAACUGGCCUUACGAUGCUGUUGAUUGUUUGCUCUCCACGUCCGACCGGGAUAGGGAAGAAUCUGUCAUCAAUCCUGUCUUCGAGCGCCACGUUCGUCGUCUGGAGAAUUGGUCGGUCGGCCCGUCCUUUGCGGAGGUAUACCCAGAUCUCGUCGACACCACGCGUAUCAAACACAAGGACGUUUCUGCUUCCCAAGGUCAGGAGAACUCGGGCAAUGGGUGUGCUACGACGUGA